UGAGCAGAACUGUUUACAGUAUAGGAAUUGGAAACAGGUGUAUUUCAGAAAGUUUAUUUGCAGCGUGUUUUCAGGCACAAUCCUCAUACUCCAGCCUUGUUCCACUUCUGUCCGGAACAUUUCCCUCUGUAAUUUGAUAUUCGACCGUAAUACUUGUAAUAAACUCACUUUUUAGGGAAGCUCUCAACGUUUUCGUGUAAUUAGGUGCAGUAGCCUUGAGGUGGCACAUCACAAAAUAUGGAAUUUAUGCGGAGGAAAAUGAAGACUAUUGUUUUUCUGAAUGCACUGGCAACGGUUAUCUGGUGUGCCCCUCCGCGCUGCGACCCUGGAGACGAAUUACUGGGUCGUUUUUGCAAAGAACCAGAACCUGAAAAACCCAAGUGCGUGGACAUCAUGAUGAACUACUGCGACGACAUGUCCUACACCCACACCAUGUUCCCCAACAUCCUGGGCCACAGGACCCGCGAGGAGGCCGAGCUGGGCCCCGAAUACCUCCUCCUCAGUGUGGUCCAAAACCUGCUCAGUGGAGAGUGCACCCCAGACAUCCGCAUGCUUGGCUGCUCAGUACUGGUGCCUCGCUGUGAGAAGGAGAAGGUGCUCAAGCCGUGCAGGAGUACCUGCGAGGUGGUGAGGAAGAACUGUCGCCAUGCCUUCGAGGGCAUCAAGAUGGCCUGGCCCUAUUUCUUGGACUGUGACCGCUUCUUUGUCAGCGACCAGGAGGGCUGUUACGACCCACUGGAGGGCCUACGAGUAACACAGGAAGAAGCCCAGGCCAGUAUAGGUAAUACCCCUGAGGAGACUCAUACUAUCAUCCAGUUCAGCUAUCAGUCUAACGCCCAGAUGAACAGCAUCCUGAAGAAGACUGCAGCGCGAUGCCCCGAAAUCGCCACCACCUACAGCAUCGGCCGCAGUGUGGAGGGCAAAGACCUGCUAGUGAUUGAGUUCUCAAACAACCCUGGAGUACAUGAAUUACUUGAACCGGAGAUGAAGUACAUAGGCAACAUGCACGGGAACGAGGUGCUGGGUCGCCAGCUGUUGAUCUAUCUGACCCAGUACCUGUGUUCAGAGUACCUGCUGGGGAACCAACGCGUCCAGACCCUGAUCAACACCACGCGUAUCCACAUCCUGCCCUCCAUGAACCCUGACGGCUAUGAGCUGGCUGCUGCUGAGGUCCAGGGCACCAACGACCCCGAGAAUGAGGAGGCUCAGAACUACCACAGCUGGACCCUGGGUCGAGGUAACGCCCAGAACAUUGACCUGAACAGGAACUUCCCUGACCUGACCUCUGUUGCCUACAGCCGCCGCAGACACCGGCAUUUCCGUAGCGACCACAUCCCAAUCCCAGACGCUUACUGGUUUGAUAAGGUAGCUCCAGAGACAUACGCAGUCAUGAAGUGGAUCAGGUCCAUUCCCUUUGUGCUCUCAGCUAACUUCCACGGAGGGGAGCUGGUGGUGUCCUAUCCCUACGACCUCUCCAAACACCCACUAGAGGAGAAGAUGUUCUCCCCCACGCCAGACGAACAGGUAUUCAAGCAGAUAGCGAGAACAUAUGCAGAUGCCCAUGCCACCAUGUCAGGAAAUAACUCUGAAAGGUGUGGGAACUUUGGCAGCAUCGGCCAGGACGGCAUCAUUAAUGGAGCAAAGUGGUACAGCUUCGCAGGUGGUAUGCAGGACUUCAACUACCUCCACACUAACUGUUUGGAAGUGACAGUGGAGUUGGGCUGUGAUAAAUUCCCAGCUGAGGAGGAGUUAUACACAGGCUGGCAGGACAACAAAGAGGCUCUGCUCACAUUCAUGGAGUCGGUCCACCGUGGAAUAAAGGGAAUAGUAAAGGAUGCGGAUGGGAAUGGAAUCAAAGGCGCAAGGAUAUCUGUCAGAGGAAUAAGGCAUGACAUCACAACAGCUGAAAACGGAGACUACUGGCGCCUGCUAACUGCUGGCAUCCACAUCCUGACUGCCUCUGCACCAGGCUACACCAGAGCCAUGAAGAAGAUCCACCUCCCGGCACGCAUGCAGAAAGCAGGCCGGGUGGACUUUGUUCUGCAGAAGGCUGUGGUGAAGCCUGACAUAGAGGAGGACUAUAACAUCCCGUCCAUGGGGACCUAUGAGCGCUUUGACCCCUACAACCAGUUUGAGCGCUAUGCCAUUAGUGAGCAGAACCAGAAUAGAGAGGAGAGGCAGGAGAAACCGUGGUGGUGGAGCUACUUUAGCCGCGCCCACGGAUCCGCCCCCACCUGGCUUCUCAGAAUUGAUUAGAGCUCCUCCCCUCCAAUAAAAUAUAAUAUUUUAUGGCUAUUUCUAUGGUUCCCCUUCGUCCUAUAGCCCCCUUUCUCAACUCCGGUCCCCGAGUACCAUCAAGGGUUGCACAUGUCUGUUACAACUCAAUAAUAGCACACAGUACCCUGGCGCUUGUAACACCAGGGUAGUGGGUUCGAUCCCCGGGACCACCCAUAUCUAAAAAUGUAUGCACACAUGACUGU